UGCACCCGCUGCAUACAACUCUGACAAUGACCUUCGCGACUGGGUGUUUACGUCAGUCCGUCCGCAGAGAUUUCACCAGGAUAUUUUCUUUGUUGCCAGGGGAGAAAAUUCUGCUUGUGGAUCCUCAGCUUCUGAAAGCUCUUGAUCGUGUUGCAAGCAUGUCAACUUUAAGGCAGCUGUCUGUUACUAAAGUUUUUAAGAUUGCUGAAAGCCCUCCUAAAGCGGACUAUGAAAGGAUAGCUUAUAUGAUUCCGUCCGAAUUUGACUCCUGCAUAUCAGUUAUCAAACACUGUGAAGUUGAUCAAUCGAAGGAUAUCAGACGGACAAGAUUGAUAAUAUUUGUUCCUAAAGAGAUUGCUGCAAUGACUUAUCUUUUGGAAUCUCGAGGAUUUCUCGGUCGGAACGUGUGUACCGCUAGUUUAUCACUAAGUUGGAUUCAAUUGGAUACGGAUUUAGUAACUCUAAAUCUGCCUAAUUUAUAUCCAGAUUUUUAUUUAUACAAAGACUACAGCUGGCCUCACUAUAUGGGUAUGGAGUUGGGACGUUUACUUAAGCUGACAAGUGAAAGCGAUCUGGCUCCAAUGGGUUGUCGAGUUCAUGCGCUAGGCGAGGCUUCACACGUUGUUGCCGCUGGUAUUCGUUUAUAUUGUAUUCAAUCAGGUUUAGUCAACAUGGAUAAAAAGCCUUCCAACAAUGCUUACUCACAGUUAAAUGAUCAAAGAAAUGGAUCAGUUCUCGAUGAAAACAACUCAUUACCAAUCUUAGACUCACAGUCUUCAUCGUCAGCAUCAUUGUCGAGUAUAUCCCUUCGCCCACCACCAUUGGUUCUCAUAUUUAGUCGUGAUUUGGAUUAUAUAACUCCUCUUCUAGUCCCAAUGACAUUUGAAGCUUUAAUUCACGAAGUAAUUGGCAUAGAAUUAGGUCAAGUUGAACUACCACUUGAACUAGUCGAUGAAACAACUCCACAGAAGCAGGUUCUCGAUAGUACGAAACAACAAUACUAUAAAGAAAUUAGAGAUGUUCAUAUAUCUCGAGUACACUCUUUACUUUUGGAGUGGCGUGGUAAACUACAAGAUUCUCGUGGAGAUUUAGAAAUGCAGUUGGUCGGUCAUCCUACGGAACAUCAAAACUCACACACUUCUCAUAGUGUCAAUUUUGAAAAUCAUAAUUUACGUAAUAUCAGUACACGUUUAGGACCAUUAUUGGUUAAAAGGCGUGAAUUGUCAUUUUUACUAGCCUGUUUGGAACAAAUACUGAAUACAAUGACACGUAAAGAACGUGUAGAAGAUUUGCGUUCUGCACAGACAUUGUUAUUACAAUCUGGAAGUGGUGGAACUCUGGCAAUGGCUGAAAGUGGAAUUCCACCUACUGAUGAUGAUAACUCUAAUGUUGAUCGUAAGAGGAAAACAACUCCAGUUUCAGCUGGUGGCGCCUGUGGUAAUUUAGCUGACGACAUUAAUUCUAUGCCUAUGCGCUUGUCUAUGGAAUGGUUGACCACUCACCAUGGUGAUCAUUUGAUUGAUGGUCUCCGCCUGGCGGCAUUGAACUGUGUUUUACAUGAUGGUCUCAGUGAAGAAUUGUACGAUAUGAUGUAUCGCGCUGUAAUGCAUGCUGCCGGUCAAAUUACUUUUCCAAUGCUUGAAGCAUUAUGCUCUCUUGGUUUAAUGUGUCCUCGUUCCAAACUUCCUGAGUCAGUCAUGGCAACUAAUCGUUCAUUUGAAGCAGAGUCGAAUGCAACUAUUAGUCAAGCGAGUGAUUCAACAAAGAGGAGUGGAAAAUCACUACCUCAUGCUGUCUCGAAGCUUAGAUUAUCACAUCGCCAGAAAUCUCGUUAUAAUUAUCUGCACCAUUUAUUACAACUGAGUAAUUGGAAUCAAGCUAACCGACACGUAGAUCGUACAGUUGUCUCACCCACAUACGUGUAUUCAGGUCAACACUGUCCAUUGGUUGUCCGACUCGCAGAGUCUAUUUGGUCAUCUGGUCUCUUGGAUUCUAAAUUUCAGUCCGUUCGAUCAGAUUCUUAUACUUACGACAAGAAGAAUUCAGAUUUUGAGUUGAUUAAUCAAUCACAGUUGACUGAAGCAUUGAAACAUAUGGGUCUCUCAAGUGAAGGUAAUUAUAUUGUAUUAAAAAUUGUUGGUUCGCAUUUAGAUGUUUAGAAUAAAAUGAGUUGAUCGAAGAAGUAAAAUGUUUUCAGGAUUUCAUCAUGUACUGACAUCGGUUAGAAAACCAUUGAAAGACAUAGAAGUACCAGACAUCUGUCUUAUCCUAGUUUAGGAAUCUUCAGCAGUGCUUAUCCACUGGAGUUUGAACCCAGGACCUUGCGGUUACAAGGCGACCUCGUAGGCCAUUAAGCCACUGGGACCCGAUCAAACGGCACAUGGAUUCUGACUUCUAUCAAUUCACGAUAUGGCAUGACCACUAGCGAAUUUUAUUUGUAGCGGGUAUUUGUACUGAUACCUGACUUGCUGUACUCCACUAGUCUUCCCACUACAAACCAGGUUCUAAGUUCCUGAAUAGGGCCAGUCAGUAGUGAGCAUCAGAUUGAUAUUCAGAAGUUGGUUUGCAGCGAUUUGAUUAGUUUCAAGAUUUUAUCAUGAAUUGACAUUGGUUAGAAGAACCACUGGAAAACUGGGGAGUGCUGUACAGAUGUUUCGCCCCAGUUUGAGAUUCUUCCUCGGUUUCAGGAUGUCAUGUGGGUGGGUGCGUACUGUUGAAGAGUCCAACACUGGAACGAAGCAGUUGUCCAGUACUCCCGGGUUUUUCCAAUGGCUCUCUACCGAUGUCAGUUCAUAAUGAAAUCCUGAAACCAAUCAAAUCCCUUCAACCCAAUACCUGACUAAAAAUGUUUUUCCUACUUCUAACCAGUAUCUCAAAAUGGUAAUGUAGUAACAUAAAAAGAUAUUCCAAUUAUAUAGUGUAAAAGGUGUUGAAAUGAUUACUUAACUGAAGAUUAACAGUUAACAUAUGAAGACAUCUAAUACAGUUAUACAGUCAAUUUAUAGAACAUAACCACACGCUAUUAGAUAAUAUAUGGUUUUUAAAACAAUAGAGAUCAAGCAGGAUGUGUGAAUAAAUUAACCUACUUUGUUUGUGCUUAACGAUUAAAUUUAAAAUACUUAGGAACUAAGAAGUUGACUAGCAAUUUUGCUAAGGGCUUAUUCUAGAAGACUGUACAUGCUGCUCAAAUAACUGAUAAAGAUAAAAGAGGCAGUUGUACCUGUUCGCUAAAUUUCGGUUAGUUCUACCGCAUGUUAAAAUCGAACUACUAGAAAACUAGCAGUAAACACACAUGAGAUACGAUGUAUGACUUUCACUGUUCACAUAGUCGCGUUACCCACUCCCGUAUGUUGAGAUUAAUAAUACUCUUUUAAAUAGAAGAUAUAUGAGUUGAGAGCUGUUGAUGAGAAGCCAAUUUUUUAUUGUUUAGUGUGGUUAACAACAUUUCCUACUUUAGAGUAUAUAAAAAUAACUACAUCUGGUUUCUGCUCCUCUAUUUUUUUUAUUUAUUUCAUUUAUGAUAACUCAUACAGUGUUCUGAGACCAGUGUUUAUACACACUAGUUUCGUUAUUUUUUGUGGCUGUUUGUGAGCGAAAAACUCAAUUUGUCUUUUUUGUGAAAUCCUUAUUCUGAUUAACACUUAUUCUAUUCUCGUUUAGUGAGGACCAAUUCCCCAACAACUGAAUGUAUCUUAGCGCCUUUAAUAAUUAACCAAACGUAUUGCGUAACGGCUUGUAAUACCUGUCUUUUUGAUUGUCGUAAAUUGGAGAGGAAUUCAAAGUUAUGAUCCUCUGCGCUGGCAAGUCGAAUGAGCAACACCACCACACAGUCCGGAAAUGAUAUGCAAAUGUAAUGAGCCACAGCAGUCAUUGUGUGUUUAAAAACGUUCUUGAAAACAACACACUGUAUUCAUGAAUGAAGUUUAUCUUGAAUUAAAAACGUGUUACAAGAAUACAGUGGUCCAUUUUUAACGUCUCAAUACUAAAAGCUAAAAUAUCAUAGAUUGAUUACUUUUGACAUCUUUGAGAUCCGGUUUAUUUUGGGUUGAACAAUUAAGUAAACAACUUUCAGAUUAGCUUAUGGGUUGUGAAUAUUCAUCUAAAUAAGAUGGUGUCUAGGCUCUUCAUGAAAUAGUUCCACAUAUUCUAAGGUAGAAAGAAGCGUAUAAAUUAAUGACCAGAUGUACACUUAGUGUUUGCUGAGAUGAAUAUAAAUUUUGAUUUGCGGUUUUAACUGCAUUUCGCUGUUCCACUACAACGCACUUAUUCUGCCUGUACAAUAUGAUUAAAUUAUUAAUUCAUUGACACCUUGUUUAUUCCAGCUAACAGCCUCGUUUCUGUGUACUGUUUUCUCAUAAAUAGUGUCUGCUGUAUAUUUCAUAACUGACAAACUUAUGAGGAUCAAACAUAAUUAGAUCUGUGUGCAAAAUAAUUUUUAAUUUCUUUUAACUUGAAAAUAGUAUUUGCGUAAUUUACCAGUUUACAUGAUUUACUUUGUUGUCUUUCUAAGUUGCUUCAAAUCUAGGUCUUGUGAGUCUUUGUGAUCCGUCACUAACCGCUGCAGGUUAUCAAAAUGAUAUGUUUUCUAAGAAGAAUCGUCCAAACGCUCCAGCACCUCGUCCUUUACCUCUUGUGAGUACUGACCAACCUGUCGUUGUGGCGUUUCCAGGAGGAUGUACAUAUGGUGAAGUCGCGGCCCUGCGGUUUGUCGCUGCACGAAGGAGAUGGAAUCUGCUCAUUGCUACGUCAUGCAUGCUUACAUCUAGAGACUUACUGCAACAGGCUGGUAAAGCAGCAAUGAGUGUAAACUCUACUUAGUUUCAUACUUCUGUUUAUAGACAUUUUAGUAACCACUAUUCCACAUAUCUCUUGCCUCUAAAUUUCCAUCCUCAGGUCCUUCAAGUUUCUUUAAAUAAGAACAUAAUUCCGUUAUCUUACAUCAAUAUAUUUCCUAAAUGAUCCUAGGGAGUAAAAUGUAUUUCAUAUCUUUUAUUUAAAAGGCUGUGUCAUGAAAUUUAUAUUAUUUUUAUUAAUUCUGUGAUUCUUUUUAUGUACUUAGUUAUAUUUCUUGUAGGAUACGGACAUUUUUUGUCAUUAUUCACAGCUAAUCAGCUGAUUUUUCAGUCAACAAAUGCAUUUCUUAAUUUAUAACACUCACGAAAUUUUGUGCCUUUUAUUCGCAUAGUUUCCACUUUCUUUCUUCUUUUGUACUUUGGUGAUUGGUAUCUUUAAUGCCCUACUGCUUUAACAGUAAAUGUUUUAACCACCACAUCCUAUUUUGAUUUAUGUAUAUGGAUAU